AGACUAGGUAUAAAUAGGGCUGUGAGAGACUUCGAACUUAGAACAAAGUCUCACCCAGAGCUGAAUGCAAUAUAGUCCUUUCAGAUAAACAUGAUAGCUACUCUGAGACUAAUACUGAUCGGAACGUGUUUCCACAUUGCCAUUGCCUAUAAGAUUUACCAGCAACGUAUCCCCAAUGGAGAUGCAGUCCCUCAUCCAUGCAAGCCGAAUAACAUUUGGGAAGGUGUCGGACAUUUUCUAGAUGAAGGCGCAGGCUAUAGAAAUCCGUUUGGACUUGACUUUGAGAUGGAAGGAAAAAAAUGGACCUCCGUUUUGUGUCGUAAAGAUUCUGAUGGGGACGGAAUGACCAAUGGUCAAGAACUCGGUGACCCCGAUUGUGUCUGGCAAGAGAACAAACUUCCCAGCAGACUUAAAAAUAUUUCUCAUCCAGGAAUCUGUGACCCUUAUGACAGCCCGUUCUGUAAGGCCAAAAAAAUCACCAAUCCCAAGUACCAGACACAAAUGGAGUGGCUAGAGGACGAAUGUCAAGCUGACCACUUCACUUGCACUGGCAUCGAUGCAACAGAUGUACAGACUGUAAAUAUGACCGUAAAUAACAACACCAAAGUUCCCGCCAAAGAGACCAUCUACAUGUGUCAGAUCUUUAACUUUGAGCAGAUGGCUGCUCCUGGUGACUAUCACGUGAUUGCCGUGCAGCCGAUUCUGGAUAAUAGAUACGUCAUCCACCAUAUAGUGCUCUUCGGUUGUACAGAUGACGAAGUUGCAACUCCUGAACCUUUUGAGUGUGGAAUGUCCGCCUCACACAAUUGUUCCAGAGUGAUCAGUAUCUGGACUGUGGGUCUGUCAGGAGAUUGUUUUCACCCACAGACUGGGAUCACCAUAGGCAACAAGGGGUAUAAACGUAUAGCAGUAGAGUUACACUGGAACAACCCAGAUGCUCGACCUGAUUGGAAGGACAGUUCUGGAAUGAUGCUACACUUUACACCUAAUAAGAGACAGUACGAAGCAAGCUUUAUGAUCACUGGACACGAACAUUUCAUCUUGCCGCCACUACAACCAUCAGUUGUUAUUAAGUCGACGUGUCCUUCAGCAUGUACAAGAAAGAUGUUGGUAAAGCCUGUGUGGAUCACUCUAGCUUGGAAUCACAUGCACUACGCAGGUGUCCAAAUGUCUGUUCAGGUGAAACGCAACAAUACUUCAUUUUACCUGAGUAAUGACGCCUCCUACAGCUAUGAUAGUCCAAAUGUAUUUCUUUAUAUGAAUGAUCCUGUCCAACUGCUGCCUGGAGAUGAACUGGUCACCACAUGUACAUUCACCACUGCCAAGCGUACAAAGUCUACUUUCUGGGGCGAAGCCACAUUGGACGAGAUGUGUUACGGGUUUAUGAUCUACUAUCCCAAAGAGAACGCUCCUGGAGCAGUGUGUUUUACCUCAGGGCCUGAUGUCAGUCGCUGUGACACGUCCACCUACCAAGGCUGCUCCAACCUCUUCAACUAUUCGAACACAGAAUGGCUUAAUUCAACCCAGAUGUAUCAUGACCUGGUCAGUAACUGCAGACGUUAUGGACCGUGUAUAAAAGAAUGUCUGGACACUAUUCUUCGCUUGAAAAAGAACAAUCCUUGUUUAAAUGGAGAGAUUUUUGAUUACAUAAAGUAUCAGAUGUGGUCUUCAUCAGUCAUCGGACAAGAACUGCUGUCUCUUUUCUCUUCAUGUGACAUUGAUAUCUACAAAGCCUUAAACGUCACCAACACAACUGCAGAGGGAAAUAACAUGGGAACAGCUACGAAGCCAUUUGCCUUCACAGUUUACAUUGUUAUUGCCCUUGUGUUUUCAAUUUGUAUAAAAAUGUAAUCCCGAAUUAUUUUGUUCUCGUAGCCUUCACGUAUUCUUUUUCUAUUACUCUUAUAAGAAAACCAAAUGAUCAAUAAACGAAUCAACUCAACCUAAUGAUGGAAGUAUAGAAAUAGUUGUUGAUGUUUUUCUUUAGUUCUCCACACAUAUAAUUGUGCACAUUUACAAGUUUGAUUGAAUGGUCCUCAAGAUGUACAAGAGGGAACUGAGAUGUCAAAAAGUUUAACAAAAGCCUAAAAGAUUCUAGAUUCUUUUCAACUUGUAUGUAUAGAAAUAUAGUCAGAAUUAUUCUUAUCACAGUAAUCUGUUCAUUUUCUUUUUUUUUAAAACAUUUUGAUUUUUUAAAUCCAGUGAGCAUUAAAAAAAAAUACAUUAUGGAUGUAAUUGCAGCAUGGAAGGUCUAAUGAAAUGUUUAGAAAUUUAAACAAAAAUUGAAAAGAGAAAGAAUGGGAGAUAUUUGCAAAUGAAUUUUCUAUAUACAAAUUAGCAGGCGCCAAUUUUGGGAUUUUCAUACUUUGGUAAUUAAUCGCAUGAUAAUAUAUAUUUUUUACAGGUACCUGAAAAUUAUUUGUUUAAAGAAAAAUUAAAUUUUAGCAAUACUUUGUACAACCUACACUGGAUACUAUUUAUGGAUUUGUCUCCUUGUAAUGAAUAUCACCAAUUGAAAGAUAACUCUUGUCAUAAAACAUUUUGAUUCUGCAAUGUUGAAUUGGGCAACAAACAAAUAAUUCAAUACUUUUUGAAAUGUAGAGCUUAUCACUACUUUCUUAUCAUACACCCUGGAAAGUAAAUUAUCACUACUUUCUUAUCAUACACGCUGGAUAGUAGCUUAUCACUACUUUCUUAUCAUACACCCUGGGAAGUAAAUUAUCACUACUUUCUUAUCAUACACGCUGGAUAGUAGCUUAUCACUACUUUCUUAUCAUACACGCUGGAUAGUAGCUUAUCACUACUUUCUUAUCAUACACGCUGGAUAGUAGCUUAUCACUACUUUCUUAUCAUACACCCUGGGAAGUAAAUUAUCACUACUUUCUUAUCAUACACGCUGGAUAGUAGCUUAUCACUACUUUCUUAUCAUACACGCUGGAUAGUAGCUUAUCACUACUUUCUUAUCAUACACCCUGGGAAGUAAAUUAUCACUACUUUCUUAUCAUACAAGCUGGAUAGUAGCUUAUCACUACUUUCUUAUCAUACACGCUGGAUAGUAGCUUAUCACUACUUUCUUAUCAUACACACUAGGUUGUAGCUUAUCACUACUUUCUUAUCAUACACACUGGGUUGUAGCUUAUCACUACUUUCUUAUCAUACACACUGGGUUGUAGCUUAUCACUACUUUCUUAUCAUACACCCUGGGUUGUAGCUUAUCACUACUUUCUUAUCAUACACCCUGGGUAGUAGCUUAUCACUACUUUCUUAUCAUACACCCUGGGUAGUAGCUUAUCACUACUUUCUUAUCAUACACACUGGGUUGUAGCUUAUCACUACUUUCUUAUCAUACACACUGGGUUGUAGCUUAUCACUACUUUCUUAUCUUACACACUGGGUUGUAGCUUAUCACUACUUUCUUAUCAUACACCCUGGGUAGUAGCUUAUCACUACUUUCUUAUCAUACACGCUGGGUAGUAGCUUAUCACUACUUUCUUAUCAUACACGCUGGAUCAUACACACUGGGUUGUAGCUUAUCACUACUUUCAUAUCAUACACACUGUGUAGUAGCUUUUCAAUACUUUCAUAUCAUACACACUGUAUUGUAGCUUAUCACUACUUUCUUAUCAUACACACUGUAUUGUAGCUUAUCACUACUUUCUUAUCAUACACACUGGGUUGUAGUUUAUUAUUAUUUACCUAUCAUACACACUGGGUAGUAGCUUAUCACUAUUUCUUAUCAUACACACUGAGUAGUAGCUUAUCACCACUUUCUUAUCAUACACAUUGGGUUACUAGGUUCAAGAGAGAAUUCAUUUUGUAACUCCCCUUCAUAAAAUUAUUCUAGUUAUUUAUUGAUAAGUUCUGACCAACAAAAUAACAAAUCUCUGCACUACCAUGGAACACACAAGUAAUGAAAACAUCAAAUCAAAGCGCACCAUGGACUAUUACCACUUUUUUACCUUUACCUAUCCCUUAGUCUGGGGCACCAAGCAAGACUUGUCGACCGACUUUUUACAUUCCUCCCUGUCUUUUGCAUUGCUUAAAACCUCUUUCAAUGGUAGGCCCGUCCAUUCUUUUAUGUUGUCCUUCCAUCGCUUUCUCUGUCUGCCUCUUCUUCUUUUUUCCUGCUACUGUUCCCCGAAGGAAGGUUUUUGCGAGCCCUGCAGAUCUUGUAAUAUGGCCAUAGAUUUUAAGCUUGAGUUGUUUUUUUUUACAAUAGUUAGCAGGUCAUCAUGGGGUCCGAUCGCUGCAGUAACUUUGUCUCUAAUCUCUUGGUUUGUGAUGUUAGCAGGUCAUCAUGGGGUCCGAUCGCUGCAGUAACUUUGUCUCUAUCUCUUGGUUUGUGAUGUUAGCACGUCAUCAUGGGGUCUGAUCGCUGAAGUAACUUUGUCUCUAUCUCUUGGUUUGUGAUGUUAGCAGGUCAUCAUGGGGUCCGAUCGCUGCAGUAACUUUGUCUCUAUCUCUUGGUUUGUGAUGUUAGCAGGUCAUCAUGGGGUCCGAUCGCUGCAGUAACUUUGUCUCUAAUCUCUUGGUUUGUGAUGUUAGCAGGUCAUCAUGGGGUCCGAUCGCUGCAGUAACUUUGUCUCUAAUCUCUUGGUUUGUGAUGUUAGCAGGUCAUCAUGGGGUCCGAUCGCUGCAGUAACUUUGUCUCUAUCUCUUGGUUUGUGAUGUGGUCUUUUCUAUACUUCCAAGGUGUACUUCAUCAUUAGGUUGAGUAAGUUGAGUUGAUUGGUUUAUUUAUCAUCUGGUUUUCGUAUCAGAAUAAUUGAAAAGGAUACCACC